UCUCACUACUCUUCUUCUCCGCUGGGGUCACUCCCCAAAGAUAAGCAAACGCGAGCUCUCCCCCAUGCCCGCCGCCGUCACCGUCCACCUGGCGCCGCUCCCCAAUCACCCACCAAAACAACCUCCGCUGCCAAAGCCCAACGCCGCCUCGCUCCCGCAAUGGAACGGGCUCCUCGCCGACCUCUCCCGCGCCGGCCGCCACGCCGACGCCCUGGCCAUCCUCCCGCGGCUCCUCGCCGCCUCCGACGGCGUCGCCCCCGACAGGUUCACGCUCCCUCCCGCCUUAAAGUCCUGCCGCGGCGACGACGGGCGCCAGGUCCACGCGGUCGCCGCCAAGCUCGGCCUCGCCGACGGCGACCCCUUCGUCGGCAACUCCCUCGUGUCCAUGUACGGCCGGUGCGGCCGCGUCGACGACGCUGAGAAGGUGUUCGAGGGAAUGGCGGGCAGGAACCUCGUCUCCUGGAACGCGCUCAUGGCGGCCGUCGCCGACCCGCGGCGCGGCCUGGAGCUGUUCCGGGACUGUUUGGAGGACCUCGGCGGCACGGCGGCGCCCGACGAGGCGACGCUGGUGACGGUGCUCCCGAUGUGCGCCGCCCUCGCGUGGCCGGAGACCGGCAGGGCGGUGCACGGCCUCGCGGUGAAGUCCGGGUGGGACGCCGCGCCGCGGGUGAGCAACGUGCUGGUCGACAUGUACGCCAAGUGCGGCGAGAUGGCCGACGCCGAGUGCGCGUUCCUGGAGGCUCCGCCAGGCGCCGGGAGGAACGUCGUGUCCUGGAACGUGAUGCUCGGCGGGUAUGCGAGGAACGGCGAGGCUGGCGCGGCAUUUGGGCUCCUCCGGGAGAUGCAGAUGGAAGAGCGUGGCGUGCCGGCAGAUGAGAUCACCAUGUUGAGCGUCCUGCCGGUUUGUUCGGGGCUGCCUGAGCUGGCGAAGCUGAGGGAGCUGCACGCCUUUGUGGUCCGGAGAGGCUUGCAUUUGACCGGCGACAUGGUGCCGAAUGCGCUUAUCGCAGCCUAUGGGAGAUGUGGGUGCUUGCUCCAUGCCUGCCGUGUCUUUGACGGCAUCUGCAGCAAGAUGGUCAGCUCAUGGAACGCGCUCAUCGGCGCGCACGCGCAGAACGGCGAAGCGAGCGCCGCAAUUGAGCUGUUCCGUGAGAUGACCAAUGCUUGUGGGCAGAAGCCUGACUGGUUUAGCAUUGGGAGUUUGCUCCUGGCAUGUGGCAAUCUGAAGCACCUGCUCCAUGGCAAGGCAGCUCAUGGAUUCAUCCUGAGGAAUGGACUGGAGAAGGAUUCCUUCAUCCGGGUUUCGCUUCUCUCUGUUUACAUCCAAUGCGGGAGGGAGUCUUUGGCUAGAGUCCUGUUCGAUGCGGUGGAGGAAAAAGAUGAGGUUUCAUGGAACACCAUGAUCGCCGGUUACUCACAGAACGGAUUGCCCGGUGAAUCCCUCCAGCUCUUCAGGGAGAUGCAAUCCAAGAAAGGAGGCCACUGGCCAUCACUGCUUGCAGCAACAAGUGCCUUGGUGGCUUGCUCAGAAUUACCAGCUGUUCGACUAGGGAAGGAGAUGCAUUGCUUUGCCCUGAAAGCCGACCUCUGCGAGGAUUCGUUUCUAUCCAGCUCAAUCAUAGACAUGUACUCAAAGUGCGGAUCUGUGGAUGAUGCCAGGGUGUUCUUCGAUCGGUUGAAGGCGAAAGAUGCGGUUUCAUGGACGGUGAUGAUCACCGGGUAUGCCGUCAACGGUCGUGGGAAAGAAGCUGUUGGGCUGUAUGACAAGAUGGGGAGGGAGGGGAUGGAACCUGAUGGAUUCACCUACCUUGGCCUACUGAUGGCAUGCGGCCAUGCUGGAAUGUUAGAAGAUGGAUUGUGUUUCUUCCAGGAGAUGAGAAACCUUCCCAAAAUUGAGGCAAAGCUAGAGCAUUAUGCUUGCGUUAUCGGCAUGCUGAGCCGAGCAGGGCGCUUUGCCGAUGCCGUGGCGCUUAUGGAGGUGAUGCCAGAGGAGCCUGAUGCCAAGAUACUGAGCUCCGUGCUCUCUGCCUGCCACAUGCAUGGAGAGGUAGAGUUGGGGAAGAAGGUUGCUGACAAGUUGCUUGAGCUUGAACCCCACAAGGCUGAGCACUAUGUUCUCGCCUCCAACAUGUACGCAGGAUCCAGGCAGUGGGAUGAGAUGAGGAAGGUGAGGAAGAUGCUCAGGGACGCCGGUGUCGCCAAGGAGCCAGGCUGCAGCUGGAUCGACAUUGCAGGCAAGGUGUACAGCUUCGUCGCCGGGGAGAAUUCACUCCCGGAGAUGCACAAGGUGAGGAAGAUGUGGUACUCUUUGGAGGAGAAGAUUCGCGCUGCCGGCUAUGCUCCUGACACCACGGUCAUGCUGCACGAGCUGGAGGAAGAAGAGAAGGUAGAGGCUCUGCGAUGGCACAGCGAGAAGCAGGCCAUCGCGUUCGGGUUGCUGAGGACAGCCGGGCCGACGAAGGUGAGGGUGUUCAAGAACAUCAGGAUGUGCAAGGAUUGCCACAAUGCCGCCAAGCUCAUCUCCAAGGUAGCAGACAGGGAGAUUGUGGUCCGGGACAAGAAGAGGUUUCACCAUUUCAGGGACGGGCUAUGUUCCUGUGGGGAUUACUGGUGAAUUAGAAGGGAAUGCAAAUUCUUUUGCAUUUAAACGUUGUACAGAAUUGUAAAAGGUAGAGUUCAGGAACAUGGUAUGCAAAGGGAUACAUCCAAAUUAGCAGCAAAACUGUUUUUGAACAUUCAAAAGAAA